GACAGGUAUAAAGGUAGGACUUAGUGCUUAUGUUUUGAUAGUUUAACAGAGACAGGUUUCUAAAAUUCGUGUUUAGAUUGAAGUAAUUCUUACAUGAUGGCGUCAUGGUUCAUGCUUUGCCUGGUGCUGCCCCUGCUUGUGACGCAGACUGAGUCAGUCAAGAACUACGCGUCAGCUUUGGGGAAAUCUAUCCUUUUCUACGCCGCACAAAGGUCAGGUAAACUCCCCGCUAACAACCCCAUCCACUGGAGGGGAGACUCCGCCCUCCAUGAUUGUGUGGUGGGGGGCUGGUACGACGCUGGGGACCACGUCAAGUUUGGGAUGCCUAUGGCGUACACGACCACUAUUUUACUCUGGUCCAUGUACAAAUGGAAGGACAGUUACGUCAAGGCAGGUCAGCUGAACCAGGCCUACGAUAUGGUCAAGUGGCCACUGGACUAUUUCCUCAAGGCCUGGAACCCAACAGCUCACGAGUUUGUUUAUCAAGUAGGCGACGAGACUCUUGACCACAACUUCUGGGGACGUCCAGAGGACAUGACCAUGGCGAGACCUUGCAAGAAGGCGAGCAUAGCGCAUCCGGGAAGUGACGUAGCAGCGGGUACAGCCGCGGCUCUGGCUAUUGGGUCACUGGUGUUCAAGGACAAGGGAGAUACAGCCUACAGCACACAGCUGUUAACAGCCGCUGAGAGUUUGUACAAGUUUGCUAUCGACCAUAAGGGAUUGUACCAGACCAACACAUACGGGUCGGAUAGCUACAAGGACGAGAUCUGUGAGGCUGGGGUCUGGCUGCACAGGGCCACGGGGAGGGCCCAGUACCUGAACGAUGCCAAGGCCAACGCUGAAUCUGGUUACAUCUGGGCCUAUCAGCAGGCAGAUAAAAGACUGGCCUGUCACCAACUGCUGUUUGAAGACACGCACGAUACCGUCCAGAAAAAUGGUGUAAUCGAUUACUUCAACAACUGGCUCCCCGGGGGUGGCACCAAGUACACACCCUGUGGCCUGGCCUGGGCUAUGAAGUGGGGCUCUCUCAGACUGGCCGCCAACUCCGCCUUCAUUGCCCUGUUAGCCGCCGAGGCUGGUAUAAACACAGACCGGUACCGCACCUGGGCAGUCGAGCAGAUCAACUACAUCCUGGGCGACAACCCUCAUGACGGCGGUUGCUAUAGUUACCAGAUCGGCUACGGCAGCAAGUACCCCCUCAGACCCCACCAUCGAGCAGCCUCCUGCCCUAACAAGCCCGCACCCUGUGGAUCUGCUGAUGCUAACUCCCCCGCACCCAAUCCUCAUGUGUUAACGGGUGCUCUAGUAGGUGGCCCAGCAGAGCAUGAUGACUAUGUUGACGUCAGAAGCGACUACGUUUUGAAUGAGGUGGCGGUGGAUUACAAUUCGGGAUUCACUGGAGCCUUGGCUGGAAUUGUUCACUUACAGAACACAAACCACAUGCCCACCACACACAACAAAUGUCCCUGUAACAACUAAACUACGUACACAACACAUUUCGACCACACACACAUACGGCCUGAUCACACAAACCACAAGCCAACCGUUACAUUUCGAAUUCCGGUAUAAUAAACUAAAUUAAGUCCACACAUACACAAAUACCAAUACAUUCAACCUCCACACAAACCACAAGCCAACCGUUACAUUUCAAAUGCCCUUCUAACAACUAAACUAAUACCUUUAACCUACACACACAAAUCACAUGCCAACCACACACAACGGAUGUCCGUGAAACAACUGGACUGUACUCAAUAUUACCAACACACACACAGAACCUUCCAUACACGCACAAACCUCCCAACCACACCAACAGCAUCCAUACAACACAACGUACAUACAAAACACCACCCAAUUCUUUACAACGACUGGAUAAGCAAGAAAAAUAAAUAUAAAUUACACCAAUAAAAAUUACACCAAAAUCGA